AAAGUUGGAAAAGAAAAUGUCUUUCCACUACACAUUGAAUAAAUGAACCUUCCUACCCAGGACAAAAUCCUUGCCAACCACUAGAAUUAUUUCUCUUCUUCUUAUCUUUAUCCUCCAUUACUACAUAGAAAACUAUCACAUAAUUCACUUGUUAUUCAGGUACUAUGGCUUCUACCUCCUCCACUCCUCCUCAAUGGAAAUAUGAUGUGUUCCUUAGUUUUAGAGGUCUAGAUACCCGUAAUGGUUUUCUUAGUCAUCUCUUCAAAGCUUUAAGGGAAAAACAAAUUAUCGCCUUCAAGGAUGAAAAUCUGGAUAGAGGAGAACAGAUCUCUGAUACCCUCUCGCGAACAAUCGAAGAAUCAUAUGUUUUAGUUGUUAUUUUGUCGAAAAAUUAUGUAGAUUCUCCAUGGUGUUUGGAUGAGCUCGUGAAAAUACUUCAGUGUAACAAAGAGAAGGGACAAGUAGUACUGCCUGUUUUUUAUGAAAUAGAUCCAACUGAGGUGCAAGAAUUGACAGGGAGCUAUGCCGAUGCCCUUAUGAACCAUCGAAAAGAAUUCGAAGAUUGCUUAGUCGAGAGCUGGAGCCAUGCUUUGAAGGAAAUAGCUGGAAUGGCAGGAUUUGUUUCACGGAAUAUGAAGCCGGAGUCAAAACUAAUCGAGGAAAUUGUCGAUCACAUAUGGGAGAGAUUAAAUCAAACAUUUUCUUAUUAUCAUUAUGAUGAUGGUUUAGUUGGAAUUAAUUCACGAAUCAAAGAUAUUGAAUUAAUAUUAUGCCUUGAGUCAAAAGAUGUGCGCAUUUUAGGAAUAUGGGGAAUGGGUGGUAUUGGAAAAACAACUAUUGCUAGCAAAAUAUUUGAUCAGAUUUCAUCUCAAUUUGAGAGGAUAUGUUUUGUUGCAAAUGUGAGGGAAAAAUUAGAAAAAAGCACAUUAGAUAGUUUACAGCAAGAAAUUCUUACCAAACUAUUAGGGAAAGAAUAUCUUGGCAUGCCUAUAAAACUAUCCUCUUCUUUCAUUAGAAAAUGGAUAACGCGGAAAAAGGUUCUCAUUGUUCUUGACGAUGUGAAUGAUUCAGAGCAAACAAAGUUUUUAGUAGGGGCUCGUGAUAUUUAUAGUCCAGGGAGUAGAAUUAUUAUGACAAGUAGAGAUAAACAAAUUCUCAAGAAUGGAGGUGCCGAGAUAUAUGAAGUUAAAAAGCUGAAUUAUCAUAAUGCUUUUCAGCUCUUUAUCUUGCAUGCUUUUAAAGAAAAUCCUCCUGCAGAAGCACUAAUGGAAGUGACAAGGAUGGCAGUAGAGUAUGGACAAGGCAUUCCAUUAGCUCUUAAAGUUUUGGGUUCCACCUUAUGCGAUAAAAAUAUAAAAGAAUGGAGAGAUCACUUAAAAAAGUUGGAGGGUAUUUCUGAUAAGAAAAUUCAAAAUGUACUGAGAAUAAGUUUUGAUGAUUUGGACGAGGACGAAAAGGAAAUAUUUCUUGAUAUUGCAUGUUUCUUUAAGUCGGAGGAUAAAAAUGAAGUUGAAAGUAUCUUGAGCAGUUUUGGUCGUUCUGCAAUAACUGGAAUCAGAAUUCUUCAGGACAAGUCUCUCAUCACAGUUUCGAACGAAAAGAUAGAAAUGCAUGAUUUACUCCAACAAAUGGGCAGAGAUAUUGUUCGUCAAGAAGGCGUCAAAGAUCCUAGAAAAAGGAGCAGGUUGUGGAAUCCUCAAGAUAUCUACCAUCUACUGACAAAUGAUUUAGGGAAAAAUAUUUCAGUUGAAAGCAUAUCUCUCGACAUGUCCCAAAUUAGAGAUAUAGAACUAAGUCCCGCCGCAUUUGAGGAAAUGAGCAAACUUAAAUUCCUCAGAUUGCACACUACUUGUUUGGAACCAGGCUUUUCUUAUUAUCAACAAAACAAAGUUUGCCAUCCCUGCAAAAGAACUAAAAUAUCCCUGUCUGAAGAGCUCAGUUUCCUACCAAAUGGGCUAAGAUAUCUAUAUUGGUACGAAUACCCUUCAAAAUCUUUGCCCUUGAGUUUUUGCCCUGACAAUCUUGUUCAACUUCAUUUGAGGCAUAGCCAUGUUCAACAACUUUGCAACAGCGAUCAGAGUUUUGAAAAUUUGAAAGUUAUGGACCUCAGCUACUCUGCGGAUCUAAUCAAAAUUCCGGACUUGUUUAAACUCCCAAAACUUGAGGUGUUACGUUUGAGAGGUUGCACAGGUUUGGUUGAGAUUUCCUCGUCUGUUCCAUAUGGCAGUAAGCUUUCACACAUGGAUCUUGGAAAUUGCGAAAAUCUCUGUAGGUUUUCAAGCACCCUUCAUUUGAAAAAUCUUAAUUUUCUUUCUCUUGAAGGUUGCUCAAAAAUCACAGAGUUCCCGAAAGUCUCAAGGAAUAUAAGAAGUCUUAUUUUAAAUAGAACUUCAAUAGAACAAGUUCCCCCAUCAAUUGGGCGUUGCACUUCACUCACUGUAUUGUCAUUGGUAAGAUGCACAAGGCUGGACAGUCUUCCGAGCAGUAUUGGUGAGUUGAAAUGUCUAAAACAGCUUUAUCUUAGGGGAUGCUUAGAACUGGCAAGUCUUCCAAACAAUAUUGGUGAUUUGAAGUGUCUCGAAGAUCUUUCUCUUGAUGAAUGCUCAAGACUAAUGGAUCUUCCAGAUGAUAUUUGCAAUUUGAAGUCUCUUAGAAAUCUAUGGUUAAGUAAGUGUCAACGUCUCAGUGGAUUACCAGAGAACUUGGGGAAUUUAGAAUCUCUAGAGGCACUUUAUGUAAUUAAAAGUGGUAUAAAAGCGCUACCGUGGUCUAUCAAUGGAUUGAGCAAACUUUGUCAUUUAUUUUGCGAUGGUUGCAAAGGAUUAUUAUUGCCUCCUUUCACAGGUUUAUCCCAUCUACAACAGCUUUCUCUAGAGGACUGUGGCAUGACAGAAAUUUCAGACAUUUCCUCUUUAGUUUCAUUGGGGAGCUUAAAUUUAGGUGGAAAUAAUUUGGAGACGUUGCCUACCAGCAUCAGACAACUUUCUAUGUUACAAUUCCUCGCUCUAAGGAACUGUAAGAGACUUAAAUGUUUAUCUCAUCUUCCAUCUGCUCUACAAACUUUAGUCAUGACCAACUGCACAUCUCUGGAAUCAAUGCUAACAUCACCCACUAAAGCAAAUACGGAUUCCUUGUGCUGGCUUGACACUUGGAAUUGCGUGAGUUUGAAUCAGAAUGAGUGCAAAAAGAUUAUGGAUGAUAUGCUGCAGAGACUUGGUAGUAUAUUGCCACAGCUGAAACGCCAUACUAUUUUAAAAGAAACCCACCACCGUACUUUUCAGGAAAGGGGUCAAUGCAAUGUGAAAGUUUACAGAUUCAAUGCUGGGUUUCGUGGUGCUGGAGGUGAGCUACCGCAAAGAAUGAGGUAUCAAAAUAACAGUGGGUCAUCUUUGCUAUUGUCAUUGAGACCGGAACCACAUGACUUCAUGUUUCUCUCCUUCUGCGCCACUGUUACAUUCCAAGGUUGCUAUUCUCGUGAUUUCGAAUUUGUGGAAUGUAAAUGUAAAUUUGUGGCCGAGUCUAGGCAUUCCCUUUGUUUCCAAUCAAAAGGAGAAAAAAGAGAUGUAGGCGAAGAGGUGUUGGGAUCAGAAUACAGUUUCUUUUGGCAUUCAGCAGUUCAUUUCAGCUACUCCGGAUACCGUUUCAAUAAGGCCUCAUUUGAAUUUCACCCUGUAUUCUACCAUAAAGGCCAAACAUGUGUAAGCUCCAGUGCGGUGGUAACCAAGUGUGGAGUUCAUCUAUUGUAUGAUGACAAUGACACUGACAAUGACAUCUCUUUAUCGAAAUUACCUUGGGUAUGGAGGUCUUCCUACUGGAGAAUGCCAGAGAAUAUCGAAAUCGAGGAGGAUGAGGGAGAGGAAGAAUAAGCGAAUUGUUGAUUUUGAUCAAUGGGACUGAGAAGCUUCUUAACAUUUUCAAGUACCUUUCAGCAGUUGCACAGUACUCAAGAAGAACAUUUCCAAUUGCACUUGGUUAAAUGUUCAAUUAGCAACAAAUGUAAGGCAUCAAAUAUAUGUAACAAUACAAACAUAUUUUCCCUUUCCACAUGGCUUGGAAUUGUGAGCAGAGAAGGAAAGUUUUAUCUUUUU